UGGCUGCUGGGUGCCGCACGCCGUCCCCUUUCCUCGCCACUCCACGUUCCCGCCCCUUCAGCCGCUCAGUUCCCUGGCGUGACUCGGCACUGAGAGCCCGGGGAGUAGAGGCCGCGGUCGUCACCUCUUGUAUCCAGGCCUUAGCCUCCCUGAGUCGCCUCCUUUCGUUCCUGGAUCUUCGGACCCUUCACUUUCGAAGUCGGUGGCCGGCUUGCCAAGCUUUCUGAGAGGAUGGUGGGAGUGAAGCCGGUCGGGAGCGACCCGGAUUUCCAGCCGGAGCUGAGCGGCGCAGGCUCCAGACUCGCUGUGGUCAAGUUCACCAUGAGAGGGUGUGGGCCAUGUUUAAGGAUUGCUCCCGCAUUCAGUUCUAUGAGCAAUAAGUAUCCACAGGCAGUGUUCUUGGAAGUGGAUGUACAUCAGUGCCAGGGAACAGCUGCCACCAACAAUAUAUCGGCAACACCCACAUUUCUGUUUUUCCGAAAUAAAGUGAGAAUUGAUCAGUAUCAAGGAGCAGAUGCUGUGGGACUAGAAGAAAAAAUUAAGCAGCACUUAGAAAAUGACCCUGGAAGCAAUGAGGACACAGAUAUUCCCAAAGGCUACAUGGACUUAAUGCCUUUUAUUAACAAAGCUGGCUGUGAGUGUCUUAAUGAAAGUGAUGAACAUGGAUUUGACAACUGUUUACGAAAAGACUUGUCCUUCUUGGAAUCUGACUGUGAUGAGCAGCUUCUUAUUACCGUGGCAUUCAAUCAACCUGUUAAGCUUUAUUCCAUGAAAUUUCAAGGGCCAGAUAAUGGUCAGGGUCCUAAAUAUGUAAAAAUUUUUAUCAACCUUCCCCGGUCCAUGGAUUUUGAGGAGGCAGAAAGAAGUGAGCCAACACAAGCUCUGGAACUAACAGCGGAUGAUAUUAAAGAAGACGGUAUUGUCCCACUUCGUUAUGUUAAGUUUCAGAAUGUUAACAGUGUAACUAUAUUUGUUCAGUCGAAUCAAGGUGAAGAAGAAACAACAAAAGUUUCCUAUUUUACUUUUAUUGGUACUCCAGUCCAGGCUACAAACAUGAAUGACUUCAAACGAGUAGUUGGCAAAAAAGGAGAAAGUCACUAAGGUACAAAAGAACACUGGAAGACCAUAUUGCAAUCUGAUUUGCAGCUCCUGGAUGCUUGCUUGAUUCUCUGCAGAGACUGUCAAUAUGCAUUUAUUCCCACCACCAAUAAAUCAUUGCUUUUGUUCCGAUGGUUUCACUAGUGUUUCUAUUGGAAUCUUGUUCCAUGCAAUUGUAAAUAAAACACUACCUUUGCCAA